AUGGGAAGGGCUCCUUGCUGUGCCAAGGUAGGGCUGCACCGAGGUCCCUGGACCGCCAAGGAGGACGCAUUGCUCACCAAGUAUAUUCAGGCCCAUGGCGAAGGCAGUUGGAGAUCUCUCCCCAAGAAAGCCGAGCCCGAAAAGCUGAAAGUCCACAACCCGAAAGCUAUUAGGAUCACUUCCCUGAGCUUUUUGUCGAGGAACAACAGCUUCGACUUGGCUCCUAGAAACGAAGGAGUUAUACAAGUUCCCUGGUCUAAUUUUAAAAAGGAUGCUGAACGUUAUGACAGUGGGGUAGGCUUCCUUAUCAACGACGAUGAUCAAAAUCGAGAUCGAGACCCUGACAUUUUGAACGGCUUAGAUCCGCUGAAGUGCCAGACUGACCUUCCCAUGUCGGACACCAACCUAGAAAAGCUGUACGAGGAGUAUCUUCAACUUCUUAAGACAGAAGAUAACGACCAAGUUCAGUUGGAUUCCUUUGCUGAGUCCCUCCUCAUUUGA